AUGGGCCAACCACGAGUUAAUCUUAAGGAAGGGCGGAAAUUGGUGACUCUGGUGGUUAAUCUGCUUGUUGGAGUCAGUCAAUUCUUCACAAUCACGUUUCUGUUUGUUGGAUGGUUCUGGUCGAUUGCUUGGGGAGGACUGCUCAUCAUCCACUCAAUGCAGUACCGUGAAGCUUUGCAACAACGCCGGCAAGAGGCAGUGGCGACGGCGGCUAUCGAAUGCGCUUGA